AUCGACGGUCAACAAGCGGCAAACCCAGAACCCAGAGAAUAGGACUCUUCGAUGACCAUCCAUCAACUGCUGAUUACCACCAUCCUACUACUAACACCCAUCAACCCAACAGAAUCAAAAACAACAACCGAUUCAUUCAAAGAGUCAUUGACGAUCAGACCAUUACAGGAUGGGAAACUACACACACUCUUCAAGUUUGAACUGACCAGCACCGAACAAUCAACCAGACCACUAGAGAGUCCCAAAUCAAAGAACAUCAAGCUAUUGACCACCGACCUACUACCACUCUCGAUCCUGGAACUAGUCGAUCGAUAUGGGAUCCAUCAAUUGAGUCUGAGUCUAUCCAGAGGCAGAUGGGAGUACGAUCGAUGGACAGAGCCGAUUCUUGAAGACUGGCAGGGAUAUCCAAGAGGCUCAGAGUUGGCCGUCGGCUUAGAACCUCAAGCAAAUGCCACCGAACUCACCAACACUCUUGCCGGGAUCUUCUGUGGCUCUCUGAACCGAUUAACGCUCCUCAAAGACCCCCCUCUCAUCCUCUUCAAUCCAAGCCCAAAGAAGCGAUGAUCAUCAAUCCUUUUAUCACGGCUCCCCCCUACAUCGAACAGCCUUGCACCGAAAACCUUAGCCCGCUGUUCAAACUCUUACCCUGCGGAUCUCAUGCUGGAUUAACCUCUCUAAUCGAUAGUCAUAAAUUAUUCGACGCCAAUUGGCAUUCUAUUCGUCUUAAAAUCUUCAAUCAUCUUGAUCACUCUUCACUUAACUCGAAUCAUCUACGACUGGAAAUCGAAAUCGAAACCGUGCUUGAUCAAGUUCGUAAAACUACUAAAAGAGAUUGGGAUUUAAACUCAAUUUUUGGGAAAUCGAUUUCGAAAAAAUGUCCAUUAACAAGCUCUAGUAACAUAGAAAUUAUAGAACCACCAUCACUGACGGAAGAGGAGACGAAAGGCACCGAAGGACUAGUUAUUCAACGACCGACGAUCCAUCCUCAAGCUCAUCCUCAUGGAUUACCCGUUGAUGGUAAACAUACUUAUAAUAUCCUUCAAGCCGUUUUACCUUUAGAAAUCGAAAUGAAAUGGCCAACAGAAGAAAGAUUUAAAUAUCCGGAGAUUUAUACCUCACCCCCGGUAAAAGUCAAAAGAUUAUUAUCAGGGCAUGGUCAAACGAGAGGAAUAAUGGGAAUAGAAAUCGAGAUGAAACAAGAAGAAAUCGAUCGAGAUCCACGUCAAGAGAUUGUUUAUUUCGAAGAAUUACCUUGGUGGUUAACGAUCUAUUUACAUACUUUAAAAGUCGAAGUUGAUGGUAUUCAAAUCAAAUAUCCAACUCGAGUGAUCACCAAGAAAACAAUCAAGCCUUCAAUACAAAGAGAACGCCCAUACAGCUUUACGAUGACCCUGAAUUUCCCUUCCUCCGAUGAUAUGAAGGUCCACCCAUCCAAUGUUCAAUCAGAAGACCGAAAUUCGCAGAAAAAGAACACUCAACUACGAAAGAUGAAGAUUUAUUUCGAAUACGAGAAAGAUUUAUUACUCUAUACUGAAUAUUCUUCUGAUGCGAAUAGAGGAUUCGACUUGAAUCCAGCAGCAUUAAUCUUGUAUUCCUCAAAAACCAAAAAUAAAGAUCAAGGCGAUGAACUCGCUCAUGACAAUCUUCAUCAAAGCGGUCUUAAUUCUUCAGCUUCUGAUCAUAGAGGUAGUAGUGUAAGGUAUUGGACUACUUGCGCUUUGGUCGAUCUAGCUACUCCAGAUUUCUCGAUGCCUUAUAAUGUUAUCAUCGUCACUUCUACUGCUAUGGCUUUAUUCUUUGGAUCCGUGUUUAAUCUUUUGGUUCGGGAUUUCAAAUUGAUUAAGAUCAAGAAAAAAUAGUUGAGAAAACCAAUCAACCAAGCAAAUAAAUCAGUACAUUUUUUUGUUCUUUGUUGUGAAUCAAGAGUUGAAUGAAAUAAAGACGAUAAUCAGUGGAACAUGCAAACAAUGACCUGUUUCUGAAAUAUUUAUUCCUUGUAAUAAUUAUGUCUUAGGUUACAUUCAAUCACGUUUUCGAAACAGCAGCAGGGCUGAUAGAAAAUAUAUAUUGACCAAUGCGCCACAAGUCCUACAUGCUUGGUUAAAUACUGGC